AGGGCAUUAGAAGAGGUUCCGGCUGAUCUCGAGCAAGGCCCCCCCCUUCCUCUCCAAUGAGAUAGCCGUGCGGCGUUCUCCGUAUCCAAUGAAAAGCAGCCCUUACGUGCAGUGGGUGGGAGAAGAAUGUUGGCGCACCAAUGAAAGAUGGUGGAACGGGAGCGGGCCAAUCAUGGAAAGAGGGCGGAGCUUGCUAUUUCCUUUUCGGUUUGAACAACGGCAGUUGUGCGGCGGAGUAACCGUCGUCGCGCGAGGGCAGAAUUAGCCGGAGCCGGCGGCGGCAGCAGCAGCGAUCAGGUAUUAGAGGAGGGCGCAGGUCGGGAGAAAGCGCACGUGGCCGGUCGUGGAAGAUGCGCGCGCAUUCGCUUCUGGCCGAGCCUUGUCCUCUCUCAUCCCCCCCCUUCCUUUUUAAAAUUCUCACAAGAACUUUGUGAGGUAGGUUAGGCCGAAAGAUACAGUGGUUGGUUCAAGGGUCGUCCUUUUCACAUCGUUGCGAAGGCGGGGUCUGAACGGUAGCUUCCUAUGCCUGCCUCUGGUACUCUAACCCAGGGUGGGAAAUCUGUGGUUCUGCAGUUGUUGGUACUCCAGCCAUGGGGAUGGGAGCUGACCCCACCCCCCUGAAUCAAGUAAAUAAAAAUAUAUAUGCUUAACUAAAAGUCGAAAUAAAUCAGAAUAUUUGAAAUCGAAAUGAUCUCUGGGGUCACUGGGAGGAUGUUGGGAAUCCCAGCCAAAUGGGUGGGGUAUAAAUAAUAAAUUAUUAUUAUUAUUAUAUUAGUAGUAGUAGUGGAAGACAGGAGUGCCUGGCGUGCUCUGGUCCAUGGGGUCACGAAGAGUCAGAAACGACUAAACAACAAGUAGUAUUUAUUAUUACAUUGGUUCCCAGUACGUUUCCGAGCACAAUUCAAAGUGUUGAUGCUGACCUUUAAAGCCCUAAGUGGCCUCGGCCCAGUAUACCUAAAGGAGCAUCUUCACCUCCAUCGUUCAGCCCAGACACUGAGGUCCAGCUCCGAGGGCUUUCUGGUGGUUCCCUCCCUGCGAGAAGUGAGGUUACAGGGAACCAGGCAGAGGGCCUUCUCGGUGGUGGCACCCGCCCUGUGGAACACCCUUCGGUAAGAUGUCAAGGAAUUAAACAACUAUCUGACUUUUAGAAGACAUCUGAAGGCAGCCCUGUUUAGGGAAGUUUUUAAAGUUUGAAGUUUUAUUCUGUUUUUAGUGUUCUGCCGGGAGCAGCCCAGAGUGGCUGGAGAAACCCAGCCAGAUGGUCAGCGUAUAAAUAAUAAAAUUAUUAUUACUACAGUGGUACCUCUGGUUACGUACUUAGUUCGUUCCGGAGGUCCGUUCUUAACCUGAAACUGUUCUUAACCUGAAGCACCACUUUAGCUAAUGUGGGCUGCCGCUGCGCAAUUUCUGUUCUCAACCUGAAGCAAAGUUCUUAAACCGAGGUACUAUUUCUGGGUUAGUGGAGUCUGUAACCUGAAGCGUAUGUAACCCGAGGUACCACUGUAUUAUUAGCAACCUGAUUGAGUGGUAGACAAGGCAAACAGAGGAGGAUGACAGGUGCCUGCCCCCCAAAAUACCCCAAACUAUAUAUCAUGGCUUUGCCCAGGACUCCAGCUGCCAUAAUCUUUGAUGGGUGGAUGAGAGAUGGAGCACAGCAUCACCCCAAGAGCCACAGGGUCUCCAUCCUUUCUCUAGUACCACACUGACCGCAGCCUUAGCUCUGCACCUUUUUUUUUUUUUUUUUAAAAAGCCUUCUGUUUCCAACCUAGAUCCUAUCAGCACUCUGCAAUGUAAGCAACAUUGUACUGCUGUAAACACUCAUUGCUUCUUCCAAAGAAGCCUCUCCUGGGAACUGUAGUUUGCCAAGGGUGCCGAGAAGCUGCUAGGAGACGCCGGUUCCCCUCAAAGAGCAACAUUGCUCAGAAUACCUUGGGAAGAGAAGCCCAACACUGCAAGCUGGAACAAACCCUAUGCUCUCAGAUUUUACACACGCUAACUAUUUAAAGGGAUGUCAAAAGAGGAUUAGUGGUUCUUUUAAGACCCACUAAAAGUAGAAGCAGUGGGUUUAAAUUACAGUAAGGUAAGUUUUAAACUAAAGCUGCAAUCUUAAAAUAUAUUUCCUUACGAACAACUUCCACUAAAUUCAAUGGGCUUAGUUCCAAUUAAACUUCUGUAGGAUUGUGGCCCCAGUGUAAACUGGCAUUGGAAUAAGUUAUACUGGUAAACUGCAGUAGAAAGGGAUUGACCAGAUGGCAUGGUGCCAAAUCAAUGCAAUAAUAAUAAUAACAACUUUAUUGUCAGUGUACAACCUGUGUACAGUGAAGUAAUACAUACAAAUGAUCUUUUUCAUGUGAAUUUUAACUAAAGUAACUAUUGAAUGGCUGCUAUGCUUUCUAAUAGGCCACAACGUAUCUGCUCAUCACAUCCCUGACUAGUGGAACUGUUCUUUCUCUUUUUCUGAGGUCCUAGUAACCUAGUCAGUCCAGCUUUUCCUAGUUUUUAUUUUGCUCCUUUGUUCCUAUCACUUCAUCCAUAUGGAAGAGCAGGAUGAAGCUGAACAUAAGGAAGUGUAGAAAGAGGUGAGUCCCAACCUAAAGACGCUACUACUUGUUUAUUCUUGUAAAUAAAAAAAGGCACCACACCCAGCUCCGUUGAUAUGACAAGGCUGAUUCACAUACCAGCUCGUGAUGUGGUGGCCAUAUAAGAAGACCCUAAUCUGGGGCCACUUACUCCUCUCCAUACAGUUACCCGCCUGGUUUAUAGAUUUGUUUUGGCAAUGAUUAAUUGCUUACAACUGUUGUAAGAGCUAUAAACGCUUUCAGUGGUUGUAGCAGUAGGAAGAGAAUGUGGAGCUAAUAAAGAGAUUUGCCUGUAUUUUGAAAACAAUUUCACACCUGCUUUAUGCUAUUAUUUUUUUAAAAAUGUUUAUUUCUUAAAUGCAAAGCAUUUAGUGGUAUGUCUGUGUUCUUAAAAAGAACAAAAGUAAAUAAGGAUCCCAAUAGGUUUGCAUGAAAAGAGAUCUGGAGAUAUCUGCUUGGAGAUAAGAGAUGGUGUGGAAACUUCAGUCUGAACUCGUACAGACUCUCUUUGCAGCUUGUUCUGGAACAUCGUUGUCUGUCUCCACACUUUUGCUGUGGCUGCUCUUAACUUCCAUCUCUUCAUCUGAUUCCUUUUCAGAGUGCUUUGUUUUCUUAAGGUGUGGAAGUUCAAUGCGUCCUCUACGCACAAAGUAACUGAUGCGAGACUCCAACCCUUCACAUUUGGGGCGAUCCAUUAAUGGCUUGUAGUUUCGGGCUUUUGCUCCCUCGAUUAAGGCACUGAUCUGAUUGUGGACCGGGGGCUUCAGCUCUCCCCACCGAAUUGUGCCGUUGCUUGAACCUGAAAACAUAACAAGUGCCAAUGGGUCAACAAGUCCUGUGUAGCAUAUUAUUAUUCACCAGUUGCUUCUAUCCACUUUUAAAUUACCCAGUUCUGUACCCAUAUAUGUAAUCACUAGAAUAGUGCCUUAGAGCCACACUCAUACCUAGCAACAGUGAAUACUGUUAGAAUUCUACAGAACUAUGCAUCUCCUACCUGUCUCUGUAGGCAUCUCAGCAAAAUCAAGCCCUUUUAACAUGCUACGCAGCAUAUGAGUUUUAACAGCAUGGUUGGCCCAAAGCUGCUGUAAAUGAGUGACAUUAAACUCCUGGACAUUGCGAUCAUAGAUCCACUGGAUAUUUUCAAAUUCACAGUCAUACAAAACCAGAGGAAAUUCCACUGCCAUGCUGCAAGAAAAGGAGAAGAUAAGGUGUUAAGGAGCUUAAAUCAGAUGCCUGUGACUUAAAACAGGGAAGUACAUGAAUAAGACUGAGUAACAAUCUGAUGUGAAACAAAGCAGUGAUUAAUCUUUAUAGUGUUGGAUUCCCAUACAUGUAAGGCAAUUGGUGUUGAUCUUUCUGUGCCAGUAACGGGAGUGCAGUUUUUAGUGCACACUAAUGCACAUCUACAGCUUCCCUUUCCACCCGCUCUUCAGCAUCUUGAUGUGGUUUUGCCUGCAGUCCAAUUGUAUUAUGGAGCAGUGGCACUGGAAAAGCUAUACUUAAGAGCUACAGAAAUCCCAAUUAUGUUUGCCAGGACUUUGCUAAAGACUGGCAUGCAUUUUCAUAGGCAAGACUAUGUCAUUGGGAGUGAUGCAGCAAUACACUGGUUAGACUUUAAGGUACCACAGGGGUAUGGUGAUGGCUCAGAGCUCAGUGGCAGAACACAGGCCUUGCAUACAAAAGGUCCCAGGUUCAAUCGCUAUAACCUCUGAUUAAAAACGGCUCUCUGAUAUUAGGUCUAGGAAAGACCUCUGCCCAAGAUUUGCAUCCACUGCUAAUGAGUAAAAUAAACUUGUUUCACAUCUAACACAAAUAUUAUACUGGCUAUAUAAUAUAUAUUAAUUUCUUUGCAAAGUCAUACCUGUAUUGUGGUUUUCGAGGGUUGUUCUCUACAUCCAGCAGCACAUCAAUAAUCUCUGGCUUUUCCAUCCUUUGUCCAAUCAGGAAGAGAAUAGCCAUCAUGCAACGGACCUGGUGGUAGAGGAAUGCUUGGCCUGUCACUUCAAACAGGUACAUUUGGAAAGAGUUGUGCAGCUCGGCAUCCUCUGCCCUAGCCACAGGCUUCACCUCUGCAGUAAGAAUUGUCCGUUGAAAGUUGAUGACACCAUUGGCUACAUCCAUCUUGCAUAGAUUACGAAAAUCAUGGGUCCCCACGAGCUUCUGAGCUGCAGUAUUCAUGAGAGCUACAUCUAGAUCAGCACGAGGGAAGAAAUAGCGAUAGGUCCUUUUGAGGCAACUAAACCUAGCACUGAAGCUGGAAUCUACUGGGGCCCAAGCCAGUACCCGUAUGUCAUGAGGGAGCACUUGAUUCAAUAUGUGUGUGUAGCGGAUCUCCUCUGCAGUAUUUGUGGCUGUGUCCUUUGUUGCACCCUUGGGUUUAUUUACUGCUUUAUCCUUUGACAGGUUUGAGCGGAGAUCUAGGGAGAUCACCUGAAACAUUGGAGAAGGAUAAUAUGGAGUAAAAUAUGCAAAAACAACACUAUGGACAGUAUCCGAUGCCCUUAUUCCAUUACACUUGUGCAAUGGAACUCCACACCCCCCCAUGGGCACCUUGCACCAUCCCCAAUCCUUGCACAAACUGUACAACUGACAUAGCAAUACUUUGGAUACAAACCUAAGGGUUAGAUCCCAAGUUAGCCAUACUUGGAGUAGACCCAUUGAAAUUAAAGGACAUGAAUAAAUUAGGUUCAUUAAUUUCAGUGUGUCUGCUCUGAGUCAAACAUAGCUGAAUACACCUCUACUUUUUAAAUUUUUUUUUUUUUUUUAACGGAAUCAAUGAGAAUUCUCCAAAUAUGAUGGUGUUGGUGUAGGUUCCUCAAUGACUAUUUGGACCUGAACUGAUCUGGCAGUAGGUUUUAUCUUGCAGCCCUGGAUAACUCAGGCUACAAUCUUUUACACACUUUCCUGGGAGGAAGCCCCAUUAAACGAGUUCUAAUAUCAGCAUAUCUAACACCCAAUACAGUCGUACCUUGGAAGUCGAACAGAAUACAUUCUGGAAGUCCAUUUGACUUCCAAAACGUUCGGAAACCGAAGUGUGGCUUCUGAUUGGCUGAAGGAAGCUCCUGCAGCCAAUCGGAAGCCCUGUUGGACGUUCGGCUUCCAAAAAUAGCUUGCAAACUGGAACAAUCAUUUCCAGGUUUGCGGCAUUCGAAAGCCAAAAUGUCCGAGAACUAAGCUGUUCGAAAACCAAGGUACGACUGUAUUCAGCUCCAACCAGAGCUAAGACCUUGAGGCGCAAACUCUUUGCUAAGCGGGAAUAUCACAGAAGGUAAUGCCGCUGCCCCCGCUUUAAUUCACAUUCUGUUAUAGUGCUGAAUCCAAAUCCCCCCUCCCUCACCCUCUGAGCAGGUUCCCUCAUUUUCUGCUGUGAGUUGAGCAGGUUGGUUUCAUAAAAAUGGAGGUUAGACAGAUGCUGAACUCACCUGUCCAAAGGCACUGACUCCCUUGUCAGUGCGCCCACAACGGUGAUAGUUGGAAGUCUGUCUGCUGGCCACCAGUCGGGUUUUGCUGAGAGCCUCAAACAGCUUUUCUUCAAUAGUAUUGUUGGUAUUCUCCUGGCUAGCAAAGCCCUGAUAUCCCCAGCCCAGGUAGGCUAUCUUCAGUGCCACAUGUCUCUGGCCAUAAGCGCUAAAAUCAAAUGGCCGCUGCUGCCGUUUCUUAGUCUUCCCUGCUGCUGAGAGGCCGCCUUCUGUGCCUGCAGUCUGCUUGCUCUCCAGCUUUUCUUGCAGCCUUUGCACCAUGUCUUCCAGUUCCUGGACUCUCUUCAGUAGCUUCUCUGUUUCUGCUCCAUCUCUGGCCAUAGUGAGAGUCCCUGGGAAGGGAAAACGAGUUUCCACAAUUCAAACUUUUGUAUUUGCUGCUAAAGGAGAGGCUAUUCAGCUGGGGACUGUCAACUUGCUAUCCAGCUUUAUGCUUUUAUUUUCUACCUAUACUGUAUUGCAUAUUUGAACGUAAUGAAAUACUUCCAAUAUUGAAUUGUGAGUGCAUGCCUUUCUCCAUUUACUGAUAAAUUCAUACUAAUUCCCAGUGGGCUUUCGGGACAUUUUUUUUGUUUACAUGGAAUGCAAGGUGUAGGGGACAGAAAGGGUUUGCUCUUGACACCCAUGGGCUACUCCUGCAUAAGGAAACCCUGCAUAUAACACAGGAUUCUGGGGUUUUGUUCUGAAGUUCACAUAUUUCAUGUGAGAUACUGGUCCACCCUGUUGGGUCUCUUAGUUCCCAGUGUGAACUGAAUGUGCACCAUAAAGCAUACUUAACCUCAGGGAGGAAGAUUUCAAGUUGCGGGCAAACUGCCUUUCAGGGAUUCAGAUCCACCAUUAUUGAUUCUCAUUGUAGAAUCUCUGAUACAUUACUAAGCAGCCUCAGGAUUUGCUGGAAAAUAAUUUGAAACCCACUAGUAUAGCUAAUAACUGUAAGACUUAACACGUUCUCCAAUGUACUGCAAAGGGGGAACAUCGUAACGCAGCAGUACUCAGGAUUUUUACUGUAUCCUAAGCUGACUUAAGUGAAAGCAAAUUCUUGCUAGAAAUAGGUAAAUGACUAUUCAAUCAGUGAAUAAAUUUAGUACAGUGGUACCUCGGUUUUUGAAUGUAAUCCGUUUUGGAAGACCGUUCAACUUCGAAAAUGUUCGAAAACCGAGGUGCAAAGGGUGGCCUGCAAUUUCAAUGGAGAAAAUUGGGGAAAACUCAGCAGAAAACUGUUCAACUUCUGAGGCACAUUCGAAAACAGAAGCAUUUACUUCCAGGUUUUCGGCGCUCGAAAACCGAAACGUUCGGCUUCCGAGAUGCUCAAAAACCGAGGUACCACUGUACUUAAACUUGUUUUGGGUAGAUAUAGCACACUGUGAAUUAACAUCUCUCUCUUUCAGAAUCAGUGACUGCACCAAGCCAAGAGAAGCAAUGGAAACGUUCAUGGGACUUGAUCGUCCCCGCUGGGCCUCCAUGAGCCAUGAAGAUCGGCUCAAAGAAGCUGCAAUGGCAUUCAUCCGCCUUUGCGCAGAACAGGGAGAAGGUGAUAGCCCAAGGAAGAUGUGUUUUGCACCUCAGCUGGACCCCUACACAAGAGCCUCAGUGGCCUCUUUGGUCAGACCCACACUUCCUGUGAAGAUUAGGCAUCUUAAUUCAGGACCCACCUUGCAAGCAAAGACUCCCGAGGAACCCAGAGUUGCUAGGAAGCCUAUAAUAAAAAGGAAAGUUCUGAGGCGAAGGCCUGAUGGAGAAGUAGAGGUGACGGAUGAGUCCAUCACCAGCACACCAGAGACCAGCAGUCAGAGUGACCCAGAGUAUGGGGAGUUGAGUCAAAGAAUGCAUAGUCUGAAGACUCAGCAAGAGGAAGAAGAGUCAGAGGAGGAGAGUGAGCCAAGCAUUUGCCCAGAGUCUGAGACGGCUUAUUCCUGGAGAACUACAGAGAGCCAGAGCCAAAGCUCGCAAAGGGAGAGCCAGAGCCGCAGCAGCACAUCCUAUGAGCAGGACUUGAUUGUUGCUGGCCACCCAAAAUCCUUCAUAUUACCAAGAUUUGAUCAGCUAAGCCGGAACAGAAUGAAGACCGACCGGGUAGCCCGUUACUUGGAGCAUAAGCAUGACUGGGAAUCUCUGCGGCUACCAGGGGAAGAUCCCAGGAAAGGGGUGCGCUGGAGCAUCCGGGAACAGAUGCUCUGCAAGUCAGAAUUUCCUCCUAGGGCUCAGCACAUUUAUAUUCCCAACAACUACCUGGUGCCUACAGAGAAGAAGAGGUCUGCUCUGCGCUGGGGAAUACGCUGUGACCUGGCAAAUGGCGUGAUGCCUAGGAAUACCUACUCCUCCUAGAAAUGCAGAGGUCUCUAUAGCGCCAUCCACAGGAGCAUGCCUUGCUUAGCACAGCCCAAAUAUCCAACUACUCCAGGCAAUCAGCUAAGCUAUUUUGUUUCCUUUGAAACCCUUUCAAAUCCUUAUUGGUUUUAAAUCUGGCUUUCAGAAUGAGUGUUCCCACAACACAAAAGGAUUUUACUUAUUCGUGCUUCUUGAAUAGUUGUCCCAUAUAGGAUCAUUUUGAGAUUAAUAUUGCCUCAUCAGAAGCCAGACAGAAGAUGAACCAAAGUUUACUGAAGUAUAUGUCAAUGAGAGUAAUCUUUAUUUUUAUUGCAAGAUCUUUUAAACCCACUUCCUCUUCCUAACGCAAUCAUCAUACUUCUGUAUGAUGUUGUUUUUAAAGAAAGUUUAGCUUCUAGAUGUAUGGAUUAAAUUAAAAGUGUGUGGUAUAAAAGGAUUGCCUCUAAUUUCUCUAUUGACUGGUUAAUUUGUUGAGAAAGUAAUAUUUAUCCAGAACAGAAGGCAGGUCAAAAGCUUCACCUCACUUAUCAAUUGUUGUUUGGAACUGCUGUGCUACAUUGUAAACAACUCUUCGCUUUCAAGUAGGUAUGUGGUUCUUAUUCCAUUGAGAAUAUUGUCUUGGUUCGUAUUUAUGUAUUUUUUAAAACAAUUUUAUUGAAGGUUUUUAACAUGUUAAGCAAUAAAAUCCAACACAUUUAUAAAACAAUAAAAAUAUAUCAAAAAAGAGAG